AUGAAACUCUUACUUCCUAACCCAGGACUGGAACAGCGGAUCUUCAGCCAUGAAGAUCUGGAGAGGAUGGAGAAGGAGGAGGCUGAGGACAGACCCAAGUGGGACAACAAAGCCCAGUACAUACUAACAUGUGUGGGCUUCUGCAUUGGGAUUGGCAACGUGUGGCGAUUCCCCUACUUGUGUCAAAGUCAUGGAGGAGGUGCAUUUCUGAUCCCCUACCUGAUCCUGCUGGUGCUCGAAGGAAUGCCUCUCCUGCUGCUGGAGUUUGCCAUCGGCCAGCGCCUCAGGAAAGGCAGCGUGGGAGUUUGGAGGGCCAUCAACCCCUAUCUGACUGGUGUCGGUAUCGCCUCCAUGCUGGUGUCGUUACUGAUCGGACUGUACUACAACACCUUAAUAGCCUGGAUCAUGUGGUAUCUCUUCAACUCCUUUCAAAGCCCGCUGCCUUGGGCCCAGUGUCCUCUCAAUGAGAAUAGGACAGAAUUUGUAUCAGAGUGUCAACGCAGCUCCACCGUGGAUUAUUACUUCUACAAAGUGACCCUAAACAGUUCGACGUCUAUAGCUGAGUCUGGAGGACUCCAGUGGCCCAUCGUACUCUGUCUGUUAGCUGCCUGGACAAUCAUCUGUAUCAGCUACAUACGAGGGAUCAGUACUUCAGGAAAGGCAGUGUACGUCACAGCCAUCCUGCCUUACAUAGUGCUGGCUAUAUUCCUGAUCCGAGGACUGACCCUCAAAGGCUCCCUAAACGGGUUAAAGUUCCUCUUCACACCUGAUGUGGAGGAGCUGAUGAAUCCAACAACUUGGCUGGAUGCAGGUGCCCAGGUCUUCUAUGCCUUUAGCUUAGCAUGGGGAGGACUCAUCUCCUUCUCAAGCUACAACCCCGUUCACAACAACUGCAUGCAAGAUGCCGUGAUCCUGUCCGCUAUAACUGGCCUCACCUCCAUCUAUGCUGCCACUGUCACCUAUACCAUCAUUGGCUUCAGGGCUACUGAGAAAUAUGAAAAUUGUAUUAGUGAAAACAUCAUUACUUUAGUGAACUCAUUUAACCUUCCUGAGGACAGCAUCACUACAGACAACUACUACGACGCCUUUGAUCAUCUGAACAGCUCCUCUCCUGAUAUUAUUCUUGGACUGGAUAUCAAAACCUGUGACAUGCAGAAACUUCUCAGCGAGGGGGUGGAGGGAACUGGUCUGGCCUUCAUUGUUUUCACAGAGGCCAUCACCAAGAUGCCUGGUUCCCCCGUCUGGUCUGUCCUCUUCUUCAUCAUGCUUCUCUGCCUGGGACUCUCAACCCUGUUUGGCAACAUUGAGGGAGUGGUGGUCCCCUUGAAAGACUUGAAUCUGUUACCUAAAAAGUGGCCCCAAGAAGCAGUGACUGGAGUUACAUGUAUUAUCGCCUUCGUCAUUACCCUCCUGUUUGCGCAGCAGUCAGGAAUUUAUUGGGUAACUCUUUUUGACGACUUUGCUGGAUCUGUUCCACUGCUGACCAUCGGAUUGUUUGAGAUGAUAGCUGUUGUUUACAUCUACGGCAUAGACAGGUUUAACGACGACAUAAAGUUCAUGAUUGGACAUAAGCCCUCCAUCUUCUGGCAGGUUUCGUGGAGGUUCAUCAGUCCCGUCGUCAUUCUAGUUAUCUUAGUUUUCUACCUGGUAACUGAAGCCCAAAAAGAGCUCACCUAUUUGGUCUGGGACCCCGACUCGGAGAAGUUUCCAUCACUGGCAUCGGUACCUUACCCUUCAUGGGUCAACGCAGUCAUCUUUCUUUUGGCGGGCGUCCCCAGUCUGGCAGUACCUGUGUACGCCUUGUGCAGGCUGGUCAUUGUGACCUGCAAGAAAAAGAAAAAACACAGUGAAAAAUUGUACCAAAUAUCUUAA